AUGAAUCAAGCCAUGGAUUACCUUGAGCUGCUGGAUUCAAAGUCCCACGAAAAAGCCCUUCAACUACUCCCUCACUUGCGGUACAUGCUUCCCAUCCUGCCGGACACUAGGGACUGUCGUCAACUCAUACGAGAAAUGCAAAAUCUUAAACUCCUACUCGUACAUUUCAAGAAUACACAACGACUACAACCUUUGUCAGACGCCGCCAAAGCAGCUGGGCUUUAUUCCAAGGCUGGAAAAAUAUACAACGUUCUACAAGACAUCAAACGUGCUCGGGACUUGCGAAAUACAGUGAUCCGUCUCGAGAUUAAAAAUGUGAAGGUAUGCAGCCAACAUUAUUUUGAAACGUUCAUGGUCUGA